AGUAUUCAUCAAAGAGUUGACUCUAAUAUCAUCCUAUUGGACUGGUUAACCGCUGGCAGAGUUGCACUAGGAGAGUGCUGGCAAUUUACAAGUUACAGCAGUAAGACUUCUAUCUUCAUAGAAGAUCAACUUGUGUUCCGCGACAGUGUUCAACUUUCUGAUAAACCAACAUGUACGGUGAAGCAAUCAAUGGACGGCUAUACGGCUAUUGCAAUGUGUGUUAUAAUUGGUCCACAGUUAAAACAAUUAUGUGACGAAAGUAUGGAAAGAAUUGGCAAACGCAAGUCAAUUGGACAUCAACAGGAACGGGAUGUGAUGGUAACUGUUAGUAAGCUGGAUUGCAAUGUAAAUAAUACAGACAUUCAUGGAAUAGUGGUGAGAAUUGCCGCAUAUUCCACAACACAGGCAUUUCUGCAAAUUGAAAAGAUACUCUCUUCAGUUUAUCCAAGACUUGGAGGAAAUCCGUUUCAGAAUAAGUACUGAGUAAAAGAAUUCAUUGCUGUCAUGGUUACCGAAGAUGAAAUUGCAGUGUUUUGAGAAUUAUCUUAAAAUUAUUUACAAUAACUAGAAAAUUUAUGCUAUCUAGAAAAGUUUAAUACACAGAGUACAACUAUAAGAGAAAGAUUGAUUUGUAUAUUUUUACCUUAAUAUUAAUAUUAUUCUUUGGGUGCCAUAAUUUUUUCCACUAAUAUUUUUUACAACGUUACGUCUUUUUAAUGUAUUUUUCUUGGAUAAUUUUAGAAGAAAAGCACAUAACUUCCUAUUGGAUACUGGUCUUGAUCAAUAUUUUUGAGAGAAUCAAGGAAAAAUAAAGUUGACUUGGCACUCAAGGGGUUAAAGAA